ACGGGACUUAGGGGGGGCUCCAAAGCUUCGGGCCCGCCGCCAGCGCCGCCGCCAGCGCCCGGCCCCCCGACACCGGAGCCAUGGCCCCUAAUCCUCCCCCUUCCCUGCCCGAGGCUGCGCAGUUCAAGCCCAGCGCGCCGGCGCAGCCUCGAGCCCCCCUGGAAUACCGAAUCCGCUUCUCGCGGUCACAACGGGCUCCGUACGGCUAUCGAACUACGACUCCCAGCAAGCUUUGCGCGCGCCCCACCCGUCGACGGUAGUAGAGAAACUGCGUAGAAGCUCGGGCAGCCAAGCUGCGAAGCCGUUGGCCCAGCGCGCCUGCGCAACGAACUACACCUCUUAACUGAUGGGAGCUGCGCCUAGAAGUGCGCGGGCCGCCGAGAGCCUAACCCAGACCCAUGGAACCGAGGGCGGCUGAGCUGGAGGGCCGGAUCCGAGCCACGCUGGAACCCUUUGGCUUCGAGGUGCACCCCUUCCAGGUGGGAUGGUACAAUGCACUGCUGCCUCCAGCCUUCCAGCUGCCCCUGCCGGAGCCUACACUUGCUUUUGUGGUCCUCAGCACCCCUGCCAUGUUUGACCGAGCCCUGAAGCCCUUCCUGCAGAGUGCCCACCUGCAGCCUCUGAAGGACCCUGUGGACCAGUGUGUAGCCCACCAUCUCACCAAUCUUCAGAAGAGCCUUCCAGAACAGGAGAUAGUCGUCAUCACUGACUAUGACAUGCACCCCAACCGACGCCCCAAAAUCUUGGCCCAGACGGCGGCCCAUGUGGCCGGGGCUGCCUACUACUACCAGCGGCAGGAUGUGGAAUCUGACCCUUGGGGAGACAAGAAAAUUGCCGGAGUGUGCAUCCACCCACUGUACGGGGGCUGGUUUGCCAUUCGGGGCGUGCUGCUGCUUCCAGGGGUGGAGGUGCCCCACCUGCCCCAUCUACCACCUCUCGACUGCGUGCCCACCCAAGAAGGCCGUGUCGCUCUGCUGGAGAGCUUCAACUUCCGCUGGAGAGACUGGACUUACAGGGACGCCGUGGCCCCGGUGGAGCGCUACUCCGAAGAGCAAAAGGCCUACUUCUUGACGCCCCCUGCUCAGCGUCUAGCGCUGCUCGAGGGGCUCAGGGAGGACCCCACGUCCUUGGAGGCCCAGCCCAAAGAGACAGUGGGCCUCAAUUGGGGAAUGGGUCUGGCUGCCCCCAGAAGGGUCCUUGCUACUGUUCCCCAGGGGACUUAGGCCCCUCCCACCUCCAUUCCCAGCUGCUACCCACUUAUUUAUGACCAAGGCCUGGUUGUGGGACGGAGGGCAGGAACCAGAGGGGACAGACAGAACUUGAUUUUAAUCGAUAGGAAAUUCUUGCGGUUUCCUUGCUGGUCCUGCUCCUCCUGUAUAAAACGGUGGUCAGAACCUGCCUCCCCUCUGAGAGGGACUGAGGAGGAGCCCUGGGAAGGGGCUGAAGGCCUAAGGGAUGGGGUCGGGGGAGAGUUGAACUUGUCAGACCCCAUCCCCAAUCCUGCAUUCCAGCAGCAGCUAUUUCGGGUGCUGGGGGUUCCUGGGGAUCGCUGCACUUAGGAACGAGGCCAGUCUGGCUCCAGGAGAGUCUGUCUCUUUAAGUGGACCAUGGCAUCUCACCCAAGUGGGGAAACUCCCUCCCCCAUCUCUAGCCUUUCUUCCUUAGGCUCCCCUCACUACCGCCCCCCCAGGCAGAUUUAUGAUUGAUGUUACCCAUGGGGUAGCAGUUGGCCAGUCACCUUGACCAGCCCCCUCUGCUAAGUCCCUGCUUCCUUGCACUUGGUCAUGGCUAAGGAUCUUGCCUGGAGAGCAGUGGUCUUUUGUGGGGCCUGGGAGAGGGCCAGGCUCUAGCUAGGCCUUCUAACAGAGGUUGUAACCUUGACCUUCCGGGCAGUGUCCUAAGGAAGAGCUGCACUCAAUUCCCUUGGAGUACACUCAGGUUUCCCGAGUGUAAAAUAAAGCUGCUAAUAAUGCCUUACAGGGUUAAUGUGAGGUUCUAGAGAUAAUAUACUUGUAAUAUUAAAGAUUUGCAAAUCUUUGAA